AUGUUCGUGGAUAAUCACUGCCAUCUUCUGAUGGAACAUUCUAGACUGGCCGAACAGUUGGCUGACAGCCUAAUGCCGGGAUUAUACUGCCUCAUGUCCACAAGCUUCUUCGAUCUAGAUACAGUGCAUGAGCUUAUGCUCAAAAGCGAUAAAGUGGUUCCCUACUAUGGCGUCCAUCCUUGGUACAGUCACUUGUAUCGUGUAGGUACGGAGUCGAAGGAAGAACAUUACAAUAAGGUUUUGCAACCGUCACCACCUCUGGAGCUCUUGGAAGUUCUUCCGGAACCUGUUGAUUUUUCCGAAUACUUGGUUAAAAUAAGAGAGUAUGCGGGGGUUUGCAAAGAAAGAAAAAGGAUGUUUGGCAUUGGUGAAUUGGGGCUCGACAAGUUGUUUCGAGUACCAACGAAUGGAUUUUACGGCAACCCAGCUAUCAAGGAGAAUGUGAGAUUGACCAACUGCAAAGUGACUAUGGACCAUCAAUUGCAUGUGUACACGGAACAACUUAGGCUUGCCAACGAACUACAGGUGCCAGUAUCCUUGCAUUGUGUCAAGGCACAUGGAGCCUUUUUUGAUUCUCUAGCAAAAUCUCCAGACUAUAAUGAUAUCCCUGCUAUCAUUCUUCAUUCAUACACGGGCUCAAUUGAGCAGGCCCGAUCAUGGGUUAAAGAGUACCGCAAGAAACCCACAAAGCUACUAUUCUCAUUCUCCAAUUACAUCAAUGCCACCGAACAAAAGAUACCCACGCUCCAUGAUGUUCUUGACAUUCUCGAUAGCCUGCAAAUCCUUCUUGAAACUGACAUGCCACUCGAUCGCUUCUUCUUGCUGGACAAGAAUCAGGAGUACUCUGAGCACGCUGAGGGUAUUACUGCAGCAGUGUGCGGCCACAUGGAUUGGAACCCAACCGAGGCAGAAAGUCUCCUCUACAACAAUAGCAUAGAAAUUUACAGUGUAUAG